UCAGCUGUUUUUUGUUUUGGCCCAAAAAGUUGAGAACCUAUCAAAAUGAUUAGAAAAUUAGUAUUUAACGCGAAAGUUGUAUUAAAACAGCAGCCCAAAUUUCAACUUGUAAAACACCUAGCAACCAAUAGCGAAAGUCCAAAGAUUGUGCAACUGCAACAGAUUCACAUAGAUGAAGCCGUCAAGCUGGAGCCCAAUCUGUCCAUAUUCACGUCCGAGGUGUGGCGGCGGGCACACGAGACCUUUCAGAAUCACGGCUUGGAAACGGGGAACUUCCUUCGCAUUGUCACCGGAAAUCCGGGCGUGCUAAGGCGAACGCCGGACAAGAUAAUCAACAGUUUGGAAAUCUGGCGAGCCUGCCAGUUUGGCGAGAACCUGCUCCACCUGCUGCUCACCAAAUAUCCCGAGCUACUGGACGUCAGCGACUCCCACCAGCUGCUCUCCCACAUUGGCUUCCUGAAGAGUCGCGUUUCCACAAGCAAGAAUGUGUGGAAGCUGCUGAUGAACAGUCCAGAUGUGAUAGCCCAGCCGGAGGAAGUCGUCGAGGAGAAGCUGAAUCUAAUGGUGGAUGUCAUGCGCCUUGAGGUCCCCGAGAUUGUCAAGUCCUGCGCCCUGACCCUGCCCUUCGAGGAGCUGCGCUGUCGCCACGCCUUCCUGUUGCGAUUGGGCUUGUUCAAGCCGCGUCCCCUGAAAGCGGAUCCCGACGAGCCCACGACCAACCCGAAGCUCUACCAGAUUACGGACACCUCGGAGAAGACCUUCGCCACAAAGAUCUGCCAUGUCACUCUGCCGGAGUUCGAGGCCUUCAAGGAACUGUACGCCAAGGAGCUGGAGGGAAAGUCCAGGCGUUCCAAAGAGGCUGAAGAUCUUAGCGAUGAUGAGGAUUAAUCUGGGUUACGGAAAAUAAAUUGUUAAAUUGUCUUUACAAUUUUAAAUCAAGUUACGGUUUGAAAUUUGGUUUGAAACUUG